GUCAGCUCAAUUCUCGAUACUUUUUUCGAGCUAGGAGCAGACUGAAGAUUUUGGUCUCCCGUAAUUCACCGUCGUGUCCGACGAAAGGAAUUGCUCCCAAAACCAAAUCAGGGGCACAGUUUGCACUUCGAUAUCGUUGAGGGAUCUAGUUUGUGCAGGUUUAUCUUCGGAUUUCAAUUCCCACUCGUCGCUAGGCUGUCCGGGAUUGUUGGACGUGCAGAAGAUCCCGAAUUACUCUGCGUAGUUACUAAUCUGGUUGGAGGGAAUUCGUCAUGUGGACUUCCUUUUUUUUCAUCCCCGACAAGUUGCUGUGGGCUGAGAAAUUUCACAGGUAGUGCACUUGGCUCGUGAAUCUUUGACAAUAUCCUUGGACCUGCGGCACUUUGGGUUCGCGCUGGGGGAACAUUCGCACCUACUCAGCGAAAAUGGAGGAUGCAGUCAUGCGAAUGAUUGCAGAGGUAGAAGCUCGGAAGAAUGCUGAAGGUUCAGAGCACACCGAGCUCACACUCCGCCAGACAGUGCGAGAUACGCUGAAUGCCGACCCCAUUUUCAUGGACUUGGGGGCCCUCGUAGACGCAUACGCCGAAAUCACACCCCCGUCGAACUCCAGAAUCCACUACUCUCAUCCUGACAACCCAAUUCUCGGGUACGCUUCCACUCUCCUCGAUGUCCACUACAUGCUGGUGAAAGAUCCGCAGAGGUGGUGCAACGCCGAGCUGCCUGAAGACGAAGUCUGCGAGCUCUAUCACAGGUGGUUCCACUACAUGGCGCAGGCUGCUAGAGUAGUCAAGGACUGGGGACGAGCCGAUGGCAAGACUCAUUCGAAGCGUAAUCUCUGGUUUGACAACUACUUGUUGACAUCCGAUGACGACGACCGCUGGCUCUACUACAUGAAGAUGAGUCGUUGCACGUUCCUGUGCAUUAGUAACCGGUUGCAAAUGCUGUCGUGGAGAGACCAUCCCAUCUCCAGACCCGAGGUGCCGAUUCCAGCUCAGUUAGGUGCCACUCUCUAUCACCUCGUCCAUGGAGCUGAUUAUCAUAGCAUAUCUGAAGUCUUCGAGAUCGAGCCCUCUGCCGUCCAGGAGACACUGGAAAAGUGCGUUGACGAUCUUCUUCGCGCGUUGGGAGAGUACUUGAUGUGGCCACGAGCGAAAAACUUGCUGAAUGUAAUCUCUGGUUUCAAUGAGCAUUGGGGCCUUGCGAACUGUCAGGGGGUCCUGGGCACCGUACGUGUCAAUGUCACACCCCCUAAGUUUCAUGGCUCUGUGGUUCACGUCGUUGCUCUUCAAGGUGUCUGUGACUCUUCAGGGGCGUUCCUCAAUGUUUUUUGCGCCCACCCAGGCAGCUUGAUCGACUGCGAUAUUUUACGAUCUUCGAGCUUCUAUCUAGAGGCCAAUCGCGGAUCUAUUUUGAAGCCUUAUAAGGUUCAACAGAGAGGUGAGCUAGCUGCAAGACCCUACGUCCUGGCUGGCCAGGAUUACGAGCCACUGCCAUGGUUGCUCAUUUCAGGUACAGAGUCUUCGGAUUCCGACGGCUCUGACGCAAGUGAUUUUCCGGACCGGACUAUGAUGGCGAGAUCUUGUAUAAAUCGAGCGUUCAAGGACUUGAUGAAGGAUUUCUUGUGCCUCCGAACUGGUGUACUCUGUGAGUUGCAAAACGCUCCCGCUUUUAUUCACGUGUGCUGUAUACUGCACAAUCUUCUUUAUCUCAAAGAGGAUCGCCCAGUGAGGCCAUCACCAACUCAGCGUCUCUCUCCAUCCAGCUCCGACUACCAGUCAAACGAUGAGAGCUCAGAUGACUGGGAAUCCGAGGACGAGGUUGAGGAUGACGAACACGAUGUGAAGUUCGUGCCUGCAAGUGCACGAGCCGAUGGCGAAGCGAUUCCAUGUGCAUGACGGAGAAAUUUAUCCACCCGGGCUUGUGACGGGUCUCGUGAGGGGACGGAGCCCCCUCACGAGAGCAUCAUUUUGAUCGUUGCAUGACAUGCACGGUUAUUAUUUGUGGCUUUUUGGUGAAGUAGACAGCGUCAGGUCAGAGACUGGUAUUCCACACAGCAACUCCAUCGUGUGAAUACACAACGCAGCUCUGUUUUUCCUACCCUUUCUACUGAGUAUGAUUCGUUAUAAACGGCAGUAUAUAGUGUAACAUUGUGUAUAGAACUGUGCAUUAAGAAAAUCUUUGGAUUAGUAUAAUGUGGACUCUGUCCUAGGCUGAAAGACGAGAAUCGUUUCCUAAGAUUUCUAAAGAUCCUCGGUAAGUUACUCCGAUGGUCCUUAGAUGUAGCUCUCAGCACACGGUAAGACUCGGCAGCAGCGAUUCGCUCUCAAGUAUGCCGUAUUCAGAAU